AAUCACGUCCCAUUUCACUCACCUUGGCCGAUGAUCAAACUUAUCAGCAUCACAUCCACAUUCAUUUCCAAGCGUUCGUCGGUCAGAUUCGCAAGAUUUUAGUCACACGCGUCGUUUGCCUAUCAUCCUUAUCAUUUCUCGGCGCUUGUUUCGAUUGAGAUGUAAUUGGCAUAAUACAAUUUGUCAGCAAUAAAGUGACAGCUUCGUUUGGGUUGUGACGCCUCCAGGUCAUUAGGUAACGUUGAGCUGGUCGAAUACUCCCGUAUUCUCAGUUCACGGCAGCUGGUGAACGACAUGGAUGCUAUCGAGAGCAGUAAAGUGAGCGAUGGAAUCGACGCACCUCUUUGGAUGUUUUGGAAGCGACGGCGAUACAUGGUGGUGGCGAUGGCAUUCCUUGGGUACUUCAACGUGUAUUCUCUGCGAGUCAAUCUAAGUGUGGCGAUCGUAGCCAUGACCGAACUGCGAGAAGUUGUGCAUCCAAACGGAACGGUUGGGUUUGAGCGCGAGUUCGAUUGGAGUUCAAGCGUUCAAGGAUACGUGUUGAGUUCGUUCUUUUAUGGGUACAUUUUCACGCAAGUGCUUGGAGGCUACUUAUCCAACAAGUUUGGUGGCACGAACGUUUUUGGCGUAGGUAUUGGAGGUACGGCGAUUCUGACCCUCUUGACACCGGUUUUGACACGACAAGGAGCUGGUUGGCUCAUCGCCGUUCGCAUUCUGGAGGGAGCAUUUGAAGGUGUAACGUUUCCCUGUGGACAUGCCAUGUGGUCCGUUUGGGCGCCGCCUAGCGAGCGGUCCCGGAUUUCUUCGAUAGCUUUUACAGGAGCAUUUGCCGGCACAGUCGUCGCGAUGACACUUAGUGGAGUUCUGGCAGAAUCGUGGGGUUGGGAGAGUGUGUUCUAUUUCUUCGGAGUGGUGGCUUGCUUAUGGUAUAUGGCCUGGCUGUUGCUAGUAAGAAAAUCACCCGAGCAUGAUUUUCGGAUGAGCCAGAAGGAGAAGGAUUUCAUAAUGGUGACAUCCGGACGACAAGAAAAGGAUGUUGAAAAUGUGAAACAUCCGUGGAUGGCAAUGCUUACUUCGAAACCCGUCAUAGCUAUGUCUAUUGCCAGUAUCGUCGAAGACUGGGGUUAUUACACGCUUUUGACUGGAUUGCCGACGUUUUUGAAAACCGUCCUGAACUUCGACCUGCAAGAAUCCGGGUUCUUAUCGGCCUUGCCCUACCUAGCGAUGGGCAUUCUUCUUAGCGCAUCCGGCUACCUAGCGGACUGGCUUCAAAUCCGCGGCUACCUUACGACCACUCAAGUGCGUAAGUAUUUCACCUGCGGUGCGUUUUUGGGACAGCUCAUAUGUAUGAUGAUUGGUGCCUUGGUGUUGAGUCCAGCUCCAACGAUUCUUUGUGUAACGAUUGCCGUUGGACUGGGAGGAGUCGCCUGGUGCGGUUACCUACUGAACCCUUUGGAUCUCUCGCCGAAAAGCUCUGGAGUGCUGAUGGGAAUCUCCAACGGAUUCGCUGCCAUUUCUGGAGUCAUUGGUCCCAUCGUAACUGGAUACAUAACCACCAACAACACCGAAGAUGAAUGGAGGACAGUUUUCUAUAUAGCUGUUGGGAUCUACAUCGUUGGAACACUGGUCUACUGGUUCUGGGCAUCCGGUGAACUCCAACCUUGGUCACUUGAGAUGACCCAACAAAAAAAUCAGACGCGAAAUGAAACGAAUUACAUUAGCUCAAUAGAAAGUAAACAAGUUUGAAAUUCAAUCACAAUCAA